AUGACCAUCUUACAAUCAAGACAGCCAUUUCCGCCACCAACAAAAUUCAGUAUACUGCUUUCUCCUCAAUGGCAGCCACCUCAUGCACCAUCGAGCAACUCCCUUUCAUCUUCCUCCUCACCGUCUCCAGAUGGUUCCAUAUCGUCAUCGUCUUCCUCGUCCUCUGUCUCCUCCUAUACUAGCCUUAGCACAAAUGACCAUACUCCUGUUCAAAAUCACCCGUCUUCUGCUUUGUCGCCCACCUCUCGUCGUAUUCGCUUUGCCCCACUUCCAGACCCCCGUCGCUCCGUCUUCAUCUCAGAUGACGGCGACGAAAUUGUCAUUUCAGAGGUCGAUGAUACAACUCAAAUCUCUUGCCCGGCAACCCCAAUAGCCCAGGCUGUGACUUUGGAACCAGACCCGCUGUUUCAGGACAAUUCCAGUCUGAGCAGUUGCUGUUCCUCAAAGAGAAACAGUGAUUAUACAGACAUCUCUUCGUCCUCAUCAACACCAGGGACAGCUACACCAGCCUCGUCCUUUAUGACACCCGCUGCUAGCGAAUGUGACAGCUCGGUACUGCCUUCGCCAGUGACGCUGACUGCUUCGCUUCCCACACUUCAACAAUCAUCAAAGCCGUCAUCAUCAUGGCCCAAGCCAAAGUCAUUGUCGCUUCUACGCCCAUUCAAGAAGUCCUCUGGGUCAACUUCCCCCUCUUCCUCCCUCUCAUUAACCCCCACUCCGUCCAUUGAACGCACCCCCACAGGUAACAAGAGCGAAGAGGACCGCACUAUCAGUGGUAUCAAUCUCUUUCGUGCUUCUUCGCUUGACAGCAACAGGGAAAAUGCGCCAUCAGGCGGCGGUUGGGGCCUUUCCCGGUGGUCUAGCAGUAGUACAGCGAAAAUUAGCAAUCUCAGCGGAUCUUCGCCUCUCGCCAGGACUCAAAGCACACAAUCCUAUAAAUCCAAACCCGCCAAACCUCCUUCCAUGGCUGCGAAUCGCAACUCCACUGGAGGCAUCUUUUCGUCAGGAUCGACAUCAGCCAAGCCUUCAAACCCCUCAAGAAAGGGCACGCGAAUGCUCAACGGACGUGUUUACGGCGGUCCUAAACGCGACCCAAACGCCAACCCUUUCGCAAAUGCUCGCGACGAAGAGCCGGAAUUUGUCGAAUGGGGAUAUGGUGGUAUGGGAAGUGUUAAAGGAGCUAAGAGCGCUGGGGUAUCCGGCACCAAUUGGGAUAGACUGCAUGGGAACGGAAGUGUGAAUGGAUCGAAGCAGGAGGGUUCUGGCGCUCAAGAGGAGGACGAGAAUGGAGACGAUGGAAGUGGCAUGGGAUGGGUGAAAAAACGGAGAGAGAAGAGAGAGAGAGAGGAGAGAGAGAGGAAAGAGAAGGAGGAGCGGGAGAAACUUGAGCAAGAGAAAGGGCCAAAAGGGACCGACGACGUGGUGCCAGGUUCGGACGAACUUGAUUCCGGACCAACGACUAUCGUCGAAACCUUCACCCCCACCGAUCACGAUCACACUGCGGUUGUCCCCACCAUAGACACACCAGAACUGUCGGUCCUCACAUCCGAUCCAGUCACAUCCACCGAACCAUCAGUGCCUCGCCCAACCACACCGGCAUCAACGUCCACGACUACCGGCGUUAUACACCCGUUAAACUCCCCCUCCACAUCUCUAUCUGUAGAAAAGGAAUACAUCCACGAAACUAUCUCCAUCCCGACGCGGACUUACCACCAUCAUCGGGGACAUUCGCGGGGUGGGUCAAGGGACACAAUACCUCUGAGCCUAUCUUCGGGCACAAGUGUCACGUCGCCCAAAGUCAUUGAGGAGACCCACAACAGCUCGAGCAGCGCGAGUGAGAGCGAGAGUGACUCUGAGGAUAUCGGGGAAGAGGAUGCUGAUGCCGAAGAGGACGAUGACGAAGAGGACGGCGAGCUCGAGAAACAGAGAAAGACCGCAUUCAGCGCUGGAGUGGAGAAGAUUAGUCGAUUCAAGGACCUCACGUUGUUCGAUGAGGUUCUGGUAUCGGAGGACAGUCGCGCUUAG